GUGAAAACUGAGUGAAAAUGCCCUCAAAACAUGGAUUCGGACCAACACUCCUCCACUCGCGUAUCCUUUCUGUCUUUGCCUGCGCAGUUACCCAGCAGUCUCAUCGCUUGAUUGCCAUAUCUCAAUAAUGCCAACAAAGCCCCAGCGACCUCCACUUGCUGAAGGUGGUAGCUUGUACACUGAAGCCCUGCUUUGGACAAAGGACGGGAUAACGCCAGACGAUCAUCCUUUAAUGCCUCUCACUGCGUUGAAUAUUAGCAGACCUAGGCUUGUCGACCCCAAGUGUUGUUGUUCACCUGACCAGCAAUCGCGUCGAUUUCCCCUUGCGCGUGGUGGUUCAUUUUCAGGCCAACCCAUUCCUACUAGCACACAGACUGCCGCCAGGGGCAGACCUGGAGGUAGAGAGUAUAUGCAUAAUACCCUCGAUCAUGUCGACUCUCCGCAAGUCACCGCCAGUACCUCUCUGCCAUCAGGGGGAUCAGGCCCCAUCAUGCAAUUCACGCAUUCACGUAGCAACGCGACGCGCCUGCCACAAAAGUUUACUGCCAUCCUUAAACGCACGAGGCCUCGGGGCUCGCGCGGUGAUACUCCCAUUACCGGAGCCACCCUCGGGUGCCAUGUCGAGCUCUUUAUCAGCGACCCGAAGACGCCAAUGUUGCCUGAAAUAGACACUGGCCCUUCUAUUAGGAAAGUGCUCCUUCCUGACGAGUGGUCGCUGUCUGAAAUGAGGCUUCCUCCGAUCGAACUUAUGGAUCCAACUAUCCACAUGUCCUCGCUGCCAGAAGAAGCUGAGGAAAGGCAUGAAUCGUCGGAUAACGACGCCAGGGAAUUCAACGCCAUCUCUGUGAUCUCACGAGUUCCAUCGGUUAGUGCUAUGGAAUUCAUACCUGCCUUGUUACUAUGGAAAGAAACCGUUUUUCAUCAUAUUCAUCACGACGCAGUGCGGUACACACGCGCAUAGCGUGGAUGUCGGAAACAGGGCAGGCACGGUCGAUAUUGCGGGUUACCGUCUUUCUACAGGCAGCGGAGCGUCUGCCACGAGUGUUAGUGUUUAGCUACGACCAUCUUAAUCCCACCCACUUAGUCAGAGUAGUUCCUUUCCUCAGGAGGUCUACACCAUUGUGAUGGAAAUACGCAUGAUGCGGGCAACCAACGGAGGCCAAGCCCACCGUUGGUAGGUCGCGCGAGGAGGGUAGAGCACACCAGCCGAAAUGCCAGCCCAACCCACGUCUGAGAAUCGGCAGAACCAUGCUGAUCUGUCAACGGUUUCAACUUUCAAGAGAAUUUGGCAACUCCUAGUUCCAGGUGGGAAUCGGCUGCCCGUCUCCCAGAGGGCCGUUUGGAUAGCACCUGCGCAGUGUACACAG